UAUUAUCUUUGCUCCCUUUCUCUCUCCACUGAGAUCAUGGCUACCAAUACUGCCAAACAGGAUGUGAUUCGACGAUCAGCAGGUUACCAUCCUAGCAUUUGGGGGGAUCACUUCCUCAAUUACAAUCCUCACAACACUGAACCAAAUCAGAAGGAAGAAGGGAGAGUGAAGGAACUUAAAGAUGAGGUGAGAGGGAUGCUAAGUGAUGCAAGAACUGAACCUUUGAAAGAAACAUUGAUCCUUAUCGAUUCACUCCAACGCCUUGGCUUGUCAUAUGAUUUUGAGUAUGAGAUUGAGCAAGCGCUCCAAUCAAUUUACAGCACUCAAAUCAACUAUGGUGGUGGUGAUGAUGAUGAUCUCUAUAUGUUUGCUCUCUGUUUCAGACUUUUUAGGCAACAAGGUUAUCAUGUUUCUUCUGAUUCAGUUAAAAAGUUCACAGAUGAGAAAGGUGCGUUCAAGUCAGUGCUAAAAGAAAAUGCAAGAGCUUUGCUAUGCUUAUAUGAGGCAUCACAUUUAAGGGUUCAAGGGGAAGAUAUAUUGGAAGAAGCAUUGAAAUUUACAAGCAAGCACUUGAGGUCUAUGUUAGCCCAUCUAAACUCUCCUCUCUCUGAGGAAGUUACGCACUCGCUAGAAGUACCUCUCCACAAAGGAAUGCCCAGAUUAGAGGCCAGGCACUACAUCAAUGUCUACCAAGCUGAUUUAGAAAGAAAUUCUGUUUUGUUGGAGCUAGCAAAGCUGGAUUUCAAUCUUUUACAAAGGUUGCACCAGAGAGAAAUAAGUGACAUCACAAGGUGGUGGAAAGAGAAAGAGAUUGCAACAAAGUUACCUUUCGCAAGGGAUAGAUUGGUGGAGUGCUACUUCUGGAUAUUAGGGGUUUAUUUUGAGCCCAAGUACUCUGUUGUUAGAAGCUUUAUGACUAAAAUAAUAGCAUUAGCUUCUGUCAUAGAUGACAUUUAUGAUGUGUAUGGUACCCCUGAAGAACUUCAGUUAUUUACAGAUGCAAUAGAAAGGUGGGAAGAAGCAGCUAUCAGUGAUUUACCUGAAUACAUGCAAGUUUGCUUCGAGGCACUCUCAGAUGUCAUGAAGGAAAUGGAGGACAAGAUAACAACCCACGAGGGGAGAUCCUACCACAUAUACUAUGCAAAAGAAGCAAUGAAAGGUCUAGUUAGAGCCUACUUUGUGGAAGCAAACUGGUUUAACACCAAGUAUAUGCCUACAUUUGAGGAGUACUUGAGCAUUUCUGUGAUGAGCAGUGGUUAUCCUAUGCUGGCUGUUCAAUCCCUUGUUGGCAUUGGAAAGAUUGCAACUAAGGAAGCCUUUGAUUGGGUGCUUAAUGUUCCCAAAAUUGUGAGGUCUUGUGCACUAAUUGCUAGGCUGGUUGAUGACAUCCAAACUCAUAAGGUUGAGCAAGAGAGAGGGGAUGCACCUUCGGGUGUGCAAUGCUACAUGAGGGAACACGGUAUGUCUGAGGAAGAAGCAUGUGGGAAAAUAAGAGAAAUUGUGGAAAUUGCUUGGAAAGACAUCAAUGAAGAACUCCAAAACCCUAAUAGGCUCUUUCCUCUGCCUCUACUAUUACCAACUCUUAACCUCUCACGUAUGAUGGAAGUCAUUUAUAGACAUGGUGAUGGUUACACUAAUUCAAAAGGUCGAACCAAAGAUAUCAUCAUCUCAGUGCUUAUUAAUCCCAUCUCCGUGUAAUAGUUUUCUUUAUGUAUCGAAAUAAGACUAAAAAUAAAUAGGGGGAUUUGGUCAUAGCCCCUUCACUAUCUAAUUUCUCUUUCAAAAGGAUAAGAAUUAUAUAAGUACUUUCAAAAUCCCCUGAUAUUUUAAAACUUGUUUCUUUUACUAUAUUACCCUCAUAUCUAUCAGCUCUCCUAUUAAGACAUUUUCACUAUGUAUUUCAGAGUAAAAUUU